AUGGAUGGCCUGCUGAGUGAUGCCGGCGAGCAGAAUGGACACCUCUUCGUUCUGGCGACCAGCAACGCGCCCUGGGACCUGGAUGAGGCCCUCCGCCGCCGCUUGGAGAAGAGGAUCUACAUCCCUUUGCCAGAUGAGAAUGCGCGGCAUCGGAUGUUGGAGCAUUUUCUCAAGGAGAUUGAUUUGUCGGACGUGGACCUCGCACAGCUGGCAACGCGCCUGGAGCGGUACAGCGGCGCCGAUGUGCAGCUGGUGUGCCGCGAAGCAUCCAUGAACCCCAUGCGCCGUCUGGUGGAAGGUCUUUCUCCCAGCGAGCUAGUGGAGCUGCGGGCAGAAGGCAAGCUGAGCAUGGAGAACGUGUCAGUGUCCAUGUCCGACUUUGAAGAUGCGAUCCACCGUGUGCAACCCUCCGUCUCGCACAGCGAUACUCAACGAUAUUUGGACUGGCAGAAGGACUUCGGUUCGCAGUGA